GGAGUUUGGCUCCGUGGGGGCCCGCGGCGGGAUCUUCCGGGGCGGCGAGUGCGAGUGGCCCUCUUGGGAGUCCCAUGGCCGUCUUGACUGCGCUCUGGAGCCCCUUCCGCUGUGUCAGCAGAGCACUUGGCCAGCGCUGCUUCAGCACCGCUGGGAGCCUGGGUGCCAUCCAGAAGAUGACACGGGUGCGCGUGGUGGACAACAGUGCCCUCGGGAACACCCCGUACCACCGCCCUCCUCGGUGCAUCCAUGUCUACAACAAGAGUGGGGUGGGCAAGGUGGGUGACCGAAUCCUGCUGGCCAUCAAGGGGCAGAAGAAGAAGGCGCUCAUCGUGGGACAUCGUAUGCCAGGCCCCCGGAUGACCCCCAGGUUCGACUCCAACAACGUGGUCCUCAUUGAGGACAAUGGCAACCCCGUGGGGACCCGGAUUAAGACACCCAUCCCUACCAGCUUGCGCCAGAAGGAGGGCGAGUAUUCCAAGGUGCUGGCCAUUGCUCAGAACUUCGUGUGAGCAGAUCCUGGUAGAGCUGCUCCAACAGCAGCCCCUCGGCUGGAGGGAGCUGGGCUGAGUGGUGUGGCCCUCCCUCCCCACCAGGGGACAGUGUCCAGGGAAGGAAUAAAAGUCUUCAUGCAUGUUUC